CAAAAAAGGCCUGUUGUCGGCAAAGUUAUUUGGAGAAAAACGUCAAAAAAUUUGCUUAAAGAUACACAAUUGUAUUUGCAGUCUACAAAGUGCUAACUCAAGCCAUCUUUUUAGCUACAAAAAAACCAGGUCUCAAUUUGAUCAGAAAUCAAUCAAGACUCAAAAAUAGCACUAACUAAAUUUUGGAAAAUGCUGACAAGGCCCUUUAUGCUUUUCACAUUAAACAAUAAAUAUUGAUGCGUACACGCAAAUGAACUUAUUCAUUAUGACAAAACAUUUAAACAUAGAUAUUGACAGUAUUACCUUGGAUCACAAGUUUUCAACAGAAAAUCUUUUUAUAAACUUCAGGAACAAAUUAACAUGCUUGGAGAAUGAAGUAUCGGAUGUAUAUACUCAAAAAGUAGAAAAACACUACCGAGAGACAAGAUUAUUGUCCGAAGCAAAAAUGCAGCUCAAUUGUAAUCAAGAUAAACUUAGAUAUUUGACAGAAAAGUUGGAUCAAGAUCGGCAUACCUUACAAACAGAAAAUGAGCGUUUGGAUGCUACAAAUAACGAAUGCAAAAUGUUAGAAGUAGAAAAAGAGAAUUUGUCGGAUAUGGUUGCUAAAAGUAAAGAAGAAUUGGAUCAAGUGUCAAGAGAUAAAAAAGAGUUGCUCAAGAAACUUAAGAAAGAAAUAAAAUCGUUCCAAGCUGGUGUUAACAUGUACGAACGUUUUAUGCAGAUUGUUAUGAAAAUUAAAUAUGAAGAUCUGUCUGUUCUUGUUGAAGUAACUAUGGAAAAUUCCAAUAACCAUAAAAACUAUUCUGUUGUUUUUAAAGAAGACAAAAAUGAUUUCAGACGUAUUACACCGAGUAAUCAAUUAAUCGUCAAGGCGGGAGCCUUAUACAACCAGAACAAAGAUGUUCAAGGUUUAUUAGCGUUCAUAUAUCACAUGGAUGAAUAAAUAAUUCAUUGAAAGCUGUGAUUAGAUACAUAUCAGGCUUAUAAGUAACAUGUUUAAUACUUAAUAUAAUAUAAUUUAUAUUUCAUUGUUAAUUUAAGUUUCAAUAAUUAAUUGCUGUAUUUUUUUUUUUUUUUUUAUACACCAUUUAUAUCAAAUAUUUUUAUAUAUAUAUUAUUUUAAUUUAUUCCACCACAUGUGUAAAUAUUCUCAUAAGAUUAUUUGAUUUUUAUGACAACCCUAACAUUUUGAUUUAAUUAAAUAACGAUGUAAUAACGAAUAAAGCAUUCAAACUUAUUAUCAAAUUAUAAGAUCAGUGCUGUCAAAAUGAUAUCUGUAGUACAUCAAUUUAAUAAUAAAACUUGUACUGCCAUUUUGGUUGUGUACAAAUGAAAAAACCUUGUAUUAGUAUUCUUCAACAUGUCCGAUACAGUCAACGUCAUCGUUGAGAAUGUAAGUGGUAAUAACAAAAAAUGGUAGCUACAAUUAUGCAUAGCUUUAUAAAAACU